GUGCAACCUUACCUCUAUUGCCAGUCACUCUUUAUAUCUAUGGUCGUAUAGUCUUUGCUUUUAUUGUUUCCGGCGCUCUAUGAAGUCUCUUUGCGAACAACCACGCAUUCUUUCUUAACUUAGCGAGAUGGCUGAUCAGACUGAACGAGCCUUCCAGAAGCAGUUGGGUGUAAACCUCAACCGCAAGAUCGGUUUAAAAAAGAAAUCCUUACGUCUUCACAGGAAUGUAGGAUUAGGAUUCAAAACACCCCGUGAGGCUAUUGAAGGUUCUUACAUCGACAAAAAAUGCCCAUUCACAGGAAAUGUAUCUAUCAGAGGGCGUAUUUUGACAGGUGUUGUACAAAAAAUGAAAAUGCAGCGCACUAUUGUCAUUCGACGGGAUUAUCUGCAUUAUAUUAGGAAGUACAACAGAUUUGAAAAGAGACAUCGCAAUAUGUCUGUGCACCUUUCACCAUGCUUCAGGGAUGUUGAAAUUGGUGAUGUUGUGACCAUUGGUGAAUGCAGACCCCUUUCAAAGACCGUUCGUUUCAAUGUUCUCAAAGUGACAAAAGGAACAGGUUCUAAAAAGAGCUUCAAGAAAUUUUAGUAAUACUUUAUUACAAUAAACAUUUGUUUCUUGUA